GAUAGAUAUAGAUAGCUGGUAAGAUGAAAGGGGGGAAGUCAUGGGGUGUGAUGGUGGUCAUGGUGGUGGUGCUGCUGGGUAUGUGGGAGGUGAAGACGGGCAGUGCAGCAAUGAGUGCAGCAGAGUGUAAGGAGGAGAGGAGGCUAGGGAUUAAAGUAUGCACGCCAGUGGUGUAUGGGAAUGAUCCCACACCUGCUUGUUGCGAGAGGGUAAGGGUCACCCAUGUUGAGUGUGUGUGCCCUAUGAUUACUCCUAAGUUGGCUCCCCUUAUAGACGUCGACCGGCUUGUGCGCCUCAUUAAAGGUUGUGGAAGGAAGGUCCCUCGUCACUUCAAGUGUGGGGGUAUCACCACUCCUUGAAAGAUGAACCCGCUGGAGUUUCUGCCGUCCUCUGGAGAAGGAAAGAGAGAUGGUGACUUUUUAUCAAGGGGUAGUAAAUAGUAAUGGAGGAGUGAUAGUAGAUAAUAAAUGACUCUGGAAAUCCAAGCUUGAUCUCCUUUAUGGGUUUCCCUGCAUCUGAGUGUGUUAAUAGCCGCUUAUUGUGUACUAGUGAGUGUUAUAAUA